AGAACCCGGGAACGCGGGACCCGGCGGGAACGGGAAAAGGAACAACAACGGGGAUCGAGCCGGGGACGAACAGCGCUGGUGAUAGCGGCGGCGGCGGCUGCGGCGGCGUUGGCUCUGGGCCUGGCGGUGGCUGAAUGGAAACGGUGGAACGCGGCCGCCCUCCUCGUUACCCCCCACCCCGCUCCCCCCGCUCUUCCCCCCGGUUCUACCGGGCCUCUCGCCUCGCCCCAACAUUUCUGGGGCACUUACCGGCCUCACGUUUACUUCGGGAUGAAGACACGCAGCCCACGGGCUCUCGUUACCGGACUCAUGUGGCUUCAGCAACGCGAAGGAGGCGGCAGCUUACGUCACACCUGCGAGCAGAGCGAUGGUUUGUCGCGGUAUGGCUGGUUGAUGCACGACGGGGAAAAUUUCGGGGUGCAGGAGAUCCGUGAUGAAGGAUUGUUCUUGAAAACUGAAUUCGUUAAACGACCGGGUGGGGAACACGGAGGGGAUUGGAGUUGGCGCAUCACCGCACGGAUGGAGGGCACGGGCGGCCCGGCCCCGCUCCUCUCCCUCUUCUUCUACGUUGCCACGGACGAGCAGGGGACGCUGGAGCCGCACCUGGAGAACAGGACACGGCUGGGGCGGCGCUUCGAGGAGACCUUCGGGCUGGGCCGCAAGGGCUUCCCCCCGUCACAGCGACGCUUCGCCCAGGCCGCCCUCAGCGACCUGCUGGGGGGAAUGGGCUACUUCCACGGGCGCUCGCUGGUGCAGUCCCCGCUGCAGGAGCGCCCCGUGCCUGCCCCCGAGGCCGCCCUCUUCACUGCUGUCCCCUCCCGCUCCUUCUUCCCCCGCGGCUUCCUCUGGGAUGAGGGCUUCCACCAGCUCCUGCUGGCGCGCUGGGACCCGGCCCUGAGCCGUGAGGUGAUCGCCCACUGGCUGGACCUGAUGAACGCCGAGGGCUGGAUCCCCCGCGAGCAGAUCCUGGGGGAGGAGGCACGGGCCAAAGUGCCCCCCGAGUUCCUCCUGCAGCACAGUGAGACGGCCAACCCCCCCACCCUGCUGCUGGCACUGCAGCGGCUGCUGCCCUCCGCCCCCCUGCCCUACCUGCGCCGCCUCUUCCCCCGCCUGCGCGCCUGGUACGACUGGUACAACCGGACGCAGGCCGGACCCCUGCCCCUCACCUUCCGCUGGCGCGGCCGUGACCCCCAGCUCGAGCGCUUCCUCAACCCCAAGACGCUGGCCUCGGGGCUGGACGACUACCCCCGCGCCUCCCACCCCUCGCCCGAGGAGCGGCACCUGGACCUGCGCUGCUGGAUGGCGCUGGCCUCCCGGGUGCUGGCAGAGGUGGCCGAGCGGCUGGGGGAGCCGGCCAGGCCCUACCGGGAGAUGGAAGAGGCGCUGAGCGACAACGGCCUGCUUGAGCAGCUGCACUGGGCCCCGGAGCUGGGCGCCUUCGCCGACUACGGCAACCACAGCGCGGCGGUGGGGCUGCGCUGGCAGCGGGUGGCACCAGCGGCCCCAGGACAGCCCCCCCCGGCCCCCCGGCUGGUGCGGGAGGUGCGGGAGGCGCCGCGGCCCCGUUUCGUGGGGGCCCUGGGCUACGUCAGCCUCUUCCCGCUGCUGCUGCAGCUCCUGCGCCCUGACUCGCCGCAGCUGCCCGCCAUGCUGGCCGCCAUGCGCAGCGAGCGGCAGCUCUGGACACCCUUUGGGCUGCGCUCCCUGGCCCGCGACAGCCCCCUCUACAUGCAGCGCAACACCCAGCAUGACCCCCCGUACUGGCGCGGCUCCAUCUGGGUCAACAUCAACUACCUGGCCCUGUGGGCGCUGCGCAGCUACGCUGACGCUGAGGGGCCACAGCGGGAGCGGGCGGCGGAACUCUACCACGAGCUGCGCCACAACCUCGUGGCCAACCUGUACCGGCAGUACGCCGAGAGUGGCUUCCUCUGGGAGCACUACAGUGACAGCACCGGCCGUGGCCAGGGCUGCCACCCCUUUGCCGGCUGGUCCGCGCUGGUUGUGCUGGUGAUGGCUGAGGACUACUAA